UUUCCAUAUUUCCCAUGAUAAAUUCCCGACCAUGGAGAAGGAUGGAGAUAUGGACACCUUCCUGCGUGGGUUUGAGAGGACUUGUAGACAGUACCAACUGCCCCGGGAACAAUGGGCAAAGUACCUUACCCCAGGGUUAAAAAGCAAAGCCCUGGAAGCCUUUGUAGAUUUACCACCAGAGCUUGAUGGGGAUUAUGAUGCUAUCAGACAAGCCUUAAUUGACCGGUAUAAUCUUACUCCAGAAAGAUAUAGGAAACGGUUUCGUUCCCUACAAAAAGGCCCUGCUGAUAGCUAUGCAGAUAUCCUAAGUAGUUUGAAAACUACCUUUAAGCAAUGGGUCUCUGGACUGGAUGUUACCACAAUUGAGGAUUUAACUGAUUUGAUGGUCAAAGAUCAGUUUUUACACAUAUGUCCAUUGGAAGUACGGCAGUUUGUUAUGGACCGGGAGCCUAAAACAGCAGACCAGGCUGCCAAGCUUGCUGAUACUUAUGCAGCUAGUCGGAUGCCAGAGCACCGCAAAGCCUCUUUACCAAGCUACAAGGAGCGAUCAAUAGGAGGAACCGCACACAGCAGUCCACAGUCUGGUGAGAAUUCAUAUUUUGGGGGGUCUGUUGCAGCUGUGGGGCAAAAGGAUACCCGCCGAUGUUUUUCCUGCAACCAGAUGGGCCAUGUGAGGACUGACUGUCCACAUAAGAAGGAACCAACUUCACCUGGACAGCCUGUUGUGAUGCUUGUGUCUGGUAAGCCUGAGAAUCUACAUCAUCAUAUGCAGUCUGUGAUUGUGGGGGACAAAGUGACUCAGGGACUAAGAGACUCGGGGUCUAAUUUUUCUCUGGUGCGUCCAGAGAUGAUAAACACUGGGGACAUUAUUCCUGGAAAGACUUUGUCCAUAAAGGGAGUGGGUGGGAGCCACCCAAAGAUGCCUGUGGCAAAAGUUUUCUUGGAUUGGGGUGCGGGGAGAGGUCUAAUGAAAUUCCUGUAAAUGUCUUGUUGGGGAAUGAUUUGGGUUACAUGAUAACUGCUUUUGUGCCCUAUGACCAGGUCUCACUAGGUCCAGCCGUGCUGGAGUGUGGCCACCCACCUCAACAGGUAAUUGCAAAAAGUACUAUGCAGCAAAGUAACUGGGAGGGAGGACUGGGAGGCAGGAGCCAGUGCCUGAACCAGUGUUGUCCCAAAGUAGGGAUAAGAAGGGAGAGGGGGAGGAGAGGUUUCCCCUAGGAGUCUCCCUGGUGCAGCCCGGUAGUGUACCGGCAGUGAGGGAUUUCCAGCGUGUAAUCCCUGAUCCUGUACCCAAAAUGCCUGAGGUCUUGAGUGGGGGUCAACAGCUACGCCAAGCUCAGGAGUCAGUGCAGAAGCAUGAGGGACAGGUGGUUAGGACUCAGAGGAGGGUCCUAGUGGAUAGUGCCACUCAGACUGAGGAGAGUGAUGGUAGUGGUGGGCCAGGAAAAGCCCUCAUGCCAGAACCAGUACUGUGGGGGGCUCAGGUGGUCAGUACUAAGGAGGAAAGGCUGACAGUACCAGGAGUUGCUCCCAAGUCAGAUAGCAACAAAGUAGUUUUUCCAGAAGUCCAGAGUAUUAAGGACGUGCCCAGUGGUUUAUGCCAACCCAAGACUAAGAAGGUCAGUGGAGACCAGGGUGGCAUCAAGGGGGUGGGAGGCCUCCAGCUACUUUCUAUGUCUAGGCCCAGGGAAUGGGAGAUUAGAGAUAGGCUGGAGGGCCCCUCAGUGAACAAGGUGGGAGGAAUAGGUCAGAUGCCUGAGGAGAGCAGUGAUAGACCAUUGCCUACUAUGCAAACCUGCACUCUGUCCAGAGACAGUGCAGAUAGAGGCAAAAUAGGAAGUAUACCUACAUCAAACCAGUCCAGUACCUGGGAUUAUACUGAUAUAGCCCUCAAGGAACAAGAUUUUAGGCCUGGGAGGUAGCCUGAUCCCUCAUACUGUAUAACAUGAAUGGAUAUUUUGAGAAUGACCUGGCUAUGGCUAUGGAUUUAUGUUUUUAUUGUGGCAAGGUUAAGAGUGACCUGUAAGUCAAUCUCCCCUUGCUCACUCU